ACGCCUGCUCCUGAGCAGUGCCAAGAUUCUGCAGCGCUGACUUCAGCUGCCUUCUCAGGCCUAGACUUUGGGCUGCUUUCCGGAUACCCGCAUACGCAAGCUCUUGUCACUGCUGCCCGUCCUCCCUGCACCCUACUUUUUUCAUCUUGCCACACUUUUUUCCCUCUCCCUUUCACCCUCAGCCUGUACAAAAUGCGUAAAGGAUGGAAAAACUACUGCAGCCAGAAGUCUUUGAAUGAGGCAUCAAUGGAUGAAUAUUUAGGCAGCUUAGGGCUGUUUCGAAAGCUGACUGCCAAGGAUGCCUCUUGCCUCUUUCGGGCUAUUUCGGAGCAGUUAUUUUGCAGCCAGGUCCAUCAUUUGGAAAUCAGGAAAGCUUGUGUCUCAUAUUUGAGGGAAAAUCAACAAACUUUUGAGUCUUAUGUGGAGGGAUCUUUUGAGAAAUACCUGGAACGGUUGGGAGAUCCCAAGGAAAGUGCUGGCCAGCUGGAAAUAAGAGCACUUUCUCUAAUUUAUAAUCGGGAUUUCAUUCUUUAUCGCUUUCCUGGAAAACCUCCAACUUAUGUCACAGAUAAUGGCUAUGAAGACAAGAUUCUACUCUGCUAUUCAGGUAGUGGUCACUAUGAUUCUGUGUACUCAAAACAAUUUCAGUCAAGUGCAGCUGUUUGUCAGGCUUUAUUAUACGAAAUUCUCUAUAAAGAUGUAUUUGCUGUGGAUGAAGAAGAGUUGAAAACUGCGAUUAAAUUGUUUCGAAGUGGUUCUAAGAAGAACAGCAAUAAUGUUGUGACUGGGAGUAAGGAUGCCCAUACUAUUUACAAGAGUUCAAAUCAGAAUAGGAUGGAAGAGUGGGGUGCCUGCUGCAAUGCUGAAAAUAUACCAGAGAGCUACAAUAAAGGAACAGAAGAAACCAAGUCUCCAGAAAACCCAUCAAAGAUGCCCUUCCCUUAUAAGGUACUGAAAGCCCUGGAUCCAGAAAUCUAUCGUAAUGUAGACUUUGAUGUUUGGUUGGACAGCAGAAAAGAACUUCAAAAAUCUGAUUACAUGGAGUAUGCUGGGACACAGUACUAUUUGGGAGACAAGUGUCAGGUUUGCUUGGAAUCAGAUGGAAGAUAUUAUAAUGCUCAUAUCCAGGAAGUUGGAAAUGAGAACAAUUCAGUAACAGUCUUCAUUGAAGAACUGGCAGAAAGGCACGUUGUUCCACUGGCUAACUUAAAACCACUUACCCAAGUGAUGCCUUUUCCUGCCAGGAAUGCUAUGCCCAGUCGUAAAGGAAGGGGUUACCAGAAAAUGCCUGGGGGAUAUAUCCCAGAAAUAGUUAUAUCAGAGAUGGACAUGAAGCAACAGAAGAAGAUGUUCAAGAAAGUUCGAGGGAAAGAAGUGUACAUGACUAUGGCUUAUGGCAAGGGAGACCCCCUCCUCCCACCCAGGCUACAGCACAGGAUGCAUUAUGGGCAUGAUCCUCCAAUGCACUACUCGACAGCUGGCAAUGUUAUGUCUAAUGAACAUUUUCAUACUCAGCAUCCAUCUCCAAGACAAGGUCAAGGAUAUGGGAUGCCCAGGGACAACAUGCCGGGCCCUAAAGUUGGUUUUUACCGAGGCCCAGGUAAAAGGUGCUGCCAGAAGUAUGAUAACUUCUCCUACAGAUCUCGUUCAUUUAGACAUAGUCACCGCCAGAUGAGUUGUAUGAAUAAGGAGUCCCAGUAUGGAUUUGCUUCAGGGAAUGGACAAAUGCCCAGGGGCUUGGAAGAAACGAUUACUCUUUAUGAAGUUGAAAAAGGGGAUGAGACUGCUUAUCCAAUUUUACCUAAUCAUGGAGGUCCCUCUGCAAUGGUUCCUGCUACUUCAGGAUGCUGUGUUGGAAGGCGGGGACAUAGCUUGGGCAAACAGACUUUGAAUUUAGAGGAGGGCAAUGGCGAGAGUGAAAAUGGGGGGUAUCAUGAAGAAUAUCUUUAUCCUGCAGAGCCAGACUAUGAAACUUCAGGUGCUUAUAGCACAACUGCAUCUACAGCAAACUUGUCUCUUCAGGACAGAAAAUCAUGUUCUAUGUCUCCUCAGGACACAGUUGCCUCAUACAACUACCCCCAGAAGGUGAUGGGAAAUUUUGUACCAGUUGCAGCUUCCUGUGCCAAUAAUGCCCAAGCUCCAGUCUUAUCUAACUGUGCGGCAGUUAAUCAAGCUAGUAUUACCAUUUCAGUUUCCUCACAGAAUGCUAUACAGCCUCUAUUUGUAUCUCCAUCUACACAAGGCAGGCCAGUGAUUGCCUCACCAUCCUAUCCAUGCCAUUCUGCUCCUACUCCUCAUGCUGGUACCUCUCUACCACUACCACCACCGCCACCACCACCACCUCCUCCUCCUCCUCUUGAUGUGGCAGAGGCUUCAAAUUUACCACCACCACCACCUCCAUCUUAUUCCUGUGAUCCAAGUGGCAGUGAUUUGCCUCAAGAUACAAAAGUUUUGCAGUACUAUUUCAAUCUAGGAUUGCAGUGCUAUUACCACAACUACUGGCACUCCGUGGUCUAUGUGCCACAGAUGCAGCAGCAGUUUCAUGCAGAGAAUUAUCCAGUCUAUACUGAGCCAACUCCUCUGGUUGAUCAAACCGUCCCUCAAUUGUACAGUGAGGUGAAUAGAGAAAAUGGCACAGAGGUAGAAGCACCAGCAAAUGGUACUUUUCCUAAUGCUGAUUGUACAUCUGUCCCUCAUGGAGCAGUCUAUUAUGCAGUAAUGGCAGAUCCCUACGGGCAGCCACCUUUGCCAGGUUUUGACUCCUGCCUUCCGGUUGAGCCAAAUUAUUCCUGUGUUCCCCCCUGGCAUCCAGUUGGUGCAGUACAUGGUGGUUCUUCUCAAAUUCAUGGUGCUAUAAAUCCUGGGCAAAUUGGCUAUAUUGCUCCAUCUUCCCCAACUUCUCAUUACCUACCUCAGGGUAUGUAA